AUGACGACCACGAGUUUCAGCGAUAUGAUGAAUGAUCCAAAUGCCUUGUAUGGUUUCUCGGGCGACAAAAGUGCCUCGUUCGAGGCGCAUCAAAAUCAAAUGAUGACAUCCUCCGUGGCACCAGAUAAAAACAAUGCCAAUAGUAGUUGUAUGAUGUUUCCUCCUUCAGACAUCCAUCAUCAUCAUCAUCACAUGCCAGAUCCAUCCAAACAGAAUCAUGCCGUUGCUGUUGCUUCUACUACUACUACUAUCAUCGACCCAUCAGCUGCUGCAAUGAUGGCCACCGCCAGCUCGUCCCAGUUUCUGCAAAAUAGCGAUCCAACAACAGCAUCUUUUCAUUUUAUGGAUUACAACUCGGUGACUCCUGCUCCUAUCGUCAAAAGUCAAGUGGCUGUCGCUGGUGGUUGUGGUGGAGAUUACUUCAACACCAAUACAAUGGCAUUGCAACAACAACCACCACCUCCACCAUCGAUGGAUCAAUUCAUGUAUCAACCCAACUACAACCACAAUCAGCCAUCCACUUUUCCACAGCAACCCAUGAUGGAGUCAUCUAACAUGGUCAAUGGCUUGCAUAAUCCAAUGAUGAUGGCAACCAACAUGUAUCCACCACCUUCCUUUGUUUCAACAGCUGCAGCACCCAUUUCCCCUCCUUACACGUAUGACCAGAACCUGAUGAACCUUCAGCCUCCUUUGAUGAUGAAUGAUCCACAUCAGCUCAACAGUAUGAAUUACCCCAACAAGGAGGUUUAUGCAGCACCACCACCACCACCACAACAACAACAACAACAAGCAACAACAACAACAGCUGCUGCUGCUUCUUCUUCUUCUACCAUGCGACGACAACCGAUGCCACGUCGACACACGGUCUCGACGCCCUAUCAACCCGUGAAUAAGGGUAAAGAGCCGGAGCCAGAAAUGCCACAAAACAAGCUACGCAAAGUUUUAAGAGCCAAGCGACACCGAUCUCUUGGCAAGCUCAAUGUGACAACCCAUAGUACCACCACCACGGCUACAACAGCUACAUCCAGCCCUGUAGACAAAUGGAUGUCACCUGAUACUUCGUCCUCAUCCUCCAUUUGUAGUCCUAUUCUUUCGGCCACAAGCACAAUCAAUGAAUUUGAUCAGAUGCUCUUGUUGGAAAAAUUGCAACAAAGUAACACAAAUGCAGCAACGGCGGCAGCAGCAGCAGCAGCAGCAGCAAGUCGUGGUGGUGGUGUUGAAUCCAACAUGGAUGAAGAAGAACGAUUGCAGUGUCUAUGGACCGAUUGUUAUCUUGACAUGAAGACGCUUGAUGAAUUAAUCACGCAUGUGAAGGAUACGCAUAUCGGAAGUGGCAAGGCAUUAUAUUACUGUGGUUGGAAAGAUUGCCCACGCAACCAAAAGCCAUUUACAAAACGUCACAAGAUGCAUAACCAUCUUCGUACCCAUACGGGUGAAAGGCCCUUUGAAUGCACUGAGCCUGGAUGUGGCAAAAGGUUUUCUCGACCAGAUUCGCUUACUACCCAUGCCAAGAUUCAUUCCAACGUGCGGCCUUACUUGUGUCAAUACGAAAAUUGUGGCAAGGCUUAUUAUCAUUUGAGAUCAUUGCGUAAGCAUGAGCGGACCCAUGAAGAACAACAGCAGCAACAACAACAAGGCGAUGCUGCUGCUGCUGUUGAGGAGCGUAACACAACGCAUGCAGUUCCGAAAUCGGGUGACACUCAAUUGGACUGGAUGUUCUGA